UUUUUCAACUUCCGGCUGCAUCGUCCUCUGGAAAUACAACAAUGGGCAGUGUGUUGGCGGCCAGCUCCCCGACCCAGCCUCCCCCAGCCACAGGGGGCGCUGUUCCUCCAGGCCUCACAGUGCCUCCAGGCUUUGGGAUGCCCCCAGUCUCUUCUGUUCUGCCCUCAUCUGCCCCUCCAGAGGAGACAGAGAGCUCUUUACCAAACCCAGGGGGCUUUGAGGAGUGUCAUCGAAAAUGUAAAGAGGUUUUCCCGAUGCAGAUGGAGGGAGUAAGGCUACUUGUCAACAAAGGGCUCAGUAAUCACUUUCAGGUGAGCCACACAGUGAUGCUCAGUACAAUGGGAGACUCAAGCUACAGGUUUGGGGCCACGUACGUCGGAUUAAAGCAGACAGGUCCUGCAGAGUUUUUCCCUGUGAUGGUGGGGGACAUGGAUAACACUGGAAGUCUUAACGCUCAGAUCAUUCACCAGCUCAGUAGCAGGAUACGGUCCAAACUCGCAUUUCAGACACAACAGAACAAGUUUGUAAACUGGCAGGGAGACGCAGAGUACAGAGGAGACGACUUCACUGCAACAGUUACUCUCGGAAAUCCAGAUGUUCUUGUGGGAUCUGGUCUUGUUGUAGCUCAUUAUCUUCAGUCCAUCACCCCGUCUCUGGCCCUGGGCGGAGAGCUGGUCUAUCAUCGCAGACCUGGAGAGGAGGGCUCCGUCAUGUCCCUGGUCGGCAGAUACACAGGCAGUAACUACAUUGCUACACUGACUCUUGGUGGAGCUGGAGCACACGCCUCAUAUUACCAUAAAGCCAAUGACCAGCUGCAGGUGGGAGUGGAGUUUGAAGCCAGCACUCGGAUGCAGGACACCAGUGUUUCUUUUGGAUAUCAGAUUGACGUGCCUAAAGCCAACCUGCAGUUCAAAGGCUCCAUAGACAGUAACUGGGUGGUCGGUGCUACGCUAGAGAAGAAACUGCUGCCUCUUCCUCUUUCUCUGGUCCUCUGCUCCUUCCUGAACCACCGUAAAAACAAGUUCCAGUGUGGAUUCGGCGUCACCAUUGGUUAACGGUGCUUUCAAGGACCUCAUAGAAAAAAACGGACAGACUAAAACCGUCCAUCAGACCUCUGCAGCAGACGAGAUCAUGGUUCAUGUGUGAAUGUGGUGUAAUCAAGACCAAGGUAAAACAAAACAGACCAAGAGGGAUGGGCCAGUAUUUUGUAAAGAUUACCUGUUAAAUGAAAGUGGAAAAGUAAAUUAAUACUGUAAUUUAGACUUCAAAUAGCAGGACAAACAUCUAAUCAGAAGUUAACAAAUGUAUAUAGCUAGAAUGUAGAAGAUGUUGUUAAAAAUAUAUUUGUGAAAAGGAUACUGUACAAACUGCAUUCCCUAUUAAACUAUUAUGCAUACAUAUUUGACUAUGGUUGGUCCAUGUACAGAAUAUGGACAACAGGGCUGGGUAUCAUUAAGAAUUUGCCGAUAUGAUACAAACCCCGAUACAUAGGCCACGAUACGAUACACAUCUCGAUACAGUGAGCUUUCGAUUCAAUAUUCGAUAUAUUUCAAAUUGAUUCAGUACAGUUCAAUAAAAAAAUAAAGGCUAAAUCAUUUCUGUGAUACUAAAAGUCUUGUUAAACCACUUCUUGAGCAAAGUUAAUAUGAAACAAACAUUUUAAUCAUCAAAACAAUGAAAAUGUCAUAUGUGCUAUAUAUAAAAGAGUUUCUUUUCUCUAAACAAGCACGAUAACUGUAAAUUAUACCAAAAAAUACUCUUGGCGAUAUAUCGAUACAGCAGCCCACGAUAUCAAUAUUGUAUCAUCACAUUAAACGAUACGAUAUGUAGAUAUUUUUAUAUUUUUUCAUACUCCUAAUGGGCAACAAUAAAUGAUAACUAGAGUUAAGACUCUGUACCAGUGGUAUUUAUAUCAUAUAGGGAACACUUUUAGAGUUUGAAAAGCAAAAAUAUAGUGUGUAUUGUGGAGUUGGUUAAUAAUGUUUGCAAUGUGCUCUGUGGACAGGACCACAUGGGCAGAGAUGUAAAAUUAUAAUAUAGACAAAAGAUUGAUAUAAAAUGCUAACUUGAUACUAAUCUUGUAUCUAAACCAGGUACACAGAUGAACAAGUACAAACAUACAAGUGUCUGACAAUAUUAGUCUUUUUCUGAAUAGUUUUAUAGUGAUCUAGAACAGGCAUGUCCAAACUAUGGCCCAGGGACCAACAGCGGCCCUCAGACUUCCAUUUGAAUUGGCCCAUAUAACCUUAUACACAGGGUUCCCAUGGUCAUGGAAAUACUGGAAAAGUCAUGGAUAUUGAAAAUUUCAUUUUCCAGGCCUGGAAAAGUCAUGGAAUUUUAGUAUCUCUUUCAUGCAACUACAACGUUCUGUUAAGUUCUCAUUAGGCUAUUAUGAUUAUUUCCGGACAUAAGCACCUUUUGUUUAAAAGGGACAACAGUAAAUGCACUGACAGUAUUUUGAAUGUUAAAAAACUAUAAUCCCAAACCAAUUCUACACAUAUAGGUGCCGUAAAGUCAUGGAAAAUUCACUUUAGGUCAUGAAAAAGUCAUGGAAAUUGAAAUUUUGUCAAUGAAAAAGAGUGGGAACCCUGUACACAGUGGGUUUUACUGCAAGUUUCUGAAAAUCUACCUUGAUAAAGCCCAUAUUAAAUAUUUAAUGUGUGCUGUUGAUGAUGGCACUGUCCAUGGACUUCAAUCCCCUCUGCUUCAUCUGUGUUUUGACAUGCAACCCUUCAUGAAAAAAAGUUUGGACAUCCCUGAUCUAGAUCUUUGUCAGUUUAAGAUCAUGUUAAUAUUAGAUAAACUGUAUUAUUUUGUAUUGAAAACUACAUUAUACUGUCUGAAAAAAUUGUGUAGUUUAAAAUUUUGUGACAACACACAAGUCUUCCUCUUCUGUUCACUCAUCUACCUCAGUCUAACAGAUAUUACAUUAGUUUUAGUCGCACUAGCUCUAUGCUCUGGAAAAAAAUGGAAAAUACAUUCAGCAAAGUUGUAACAGUACAAAAUACUGGUCUAUCUCCAAAAUACUGGUCUAUCUCUUACCUUUUACUUUAUUUAUUUUAUUUCUAUAGUGAAAAAAUAUCUCUCUCUUCUGUCUAUGUAUAUUUAUGGGUAUUGGCCUUGAUUACAACACUUCUUACAAGCACUGAAAAUAUUGAAGCCACUGAUCUAAAUGAUAAGAGUUAAUUUAAACCUGACCAACUGCCUGUAAAGUCUCUUGUAAACCGGAGCUUGGUGCCUGUCACGUUUUUAUUUUUAUUUUAUUUUUUAUUUUCCAGUUUCUGUCUUUUGGCAUGAUGUGAAUGAACUCAUUUUACUGAAGUUUACUGUAAGGAACGGUCCAUGCUCUUUUUCACAAUCUCAUCUGUGUUUUUGUUGCCUUUUUAUGUUACAUUCAUGUGAAACCGUGAAUAUAAUAACUAUGUAUAUAAACAUUGGAAUCAAGUAAAGAAUCAUUUCUUACUAAAACUG